GAUACACACACGAUACGCUCCCCAAUUUUAUUAUUAUUAUUUUUUUUUCAUAUACAGUUUCUUUUUCCUUAAAAUUAUUUUUAACUCCAAAACGCCGCUUCUCCAAAAUUCAAAAAUCUACCGUCUCUCUCUCUCUCUUUCUCCCCACACAUUUCCACUCAGUCCCUUGGAAUUCGAUUUCUCAAGUUUGAAUCAAUUUCAAUUCAAUUGCCUUACUUUUUUUUGGAUCGAUUGAUCUGUAAAAUGAGUGUGUCUGAGGAAAAUUUCGAUCUUGAAGAUAAAAGCCUAAGUCUAAUUGAUGUUAGCUUCGAGGACGAUUGCCUCUACAAUUCUCCUUCUCGUGACCCUCAAUUUCUCCAUUCUUCAGAUGAUCAGACACAGCAUAAAACUGUUCAGUUUUCUCUGGGUGCGCAAACCCUAGGAGAUUCUCUUGAAGGAGAUGGACAAGUAACACAAAAACCACUUGAAUCAGAACAAGAAAAGACAAGGAGAAAUGAAAAGUACAACUUGCGGAAGAGUUUAGCCUGGGAUAGUGCCUUUUUCACAAGUGCUGGUGUUCUAGAACCAGAUGAAUUAUCUAGCAUAAUUGGAGGAGCUGAGAAAGGUGAAAGAAAACAUAUGUUACCAGGAAUUGAGGAGGAUAUACACAGAUCUACUGAUUCGAUAUCGACAUUAGCAACGGAUAGUUCAACUUUAGGAACUCUCGAGGAUGACUUGUUUGGGGAUAUAAGAGCUUCAAUACAGAAAUCUAGUAAAACAUUAAAUACAGCAUUUUCACAGGGUAAAGCGGGAUCUGGAGCAGAUGAGAGCAAACAUACCAAAUCCUUACAGAAGGUGGAGAAUGUUUAUCAAAAUAAGCUAAAGACUAAAGCUGCUCCCAGAAAGCCAAAUGUUACCAUCAAAGGAUCAGGGAAAGUGGCAAACCAGGUCUCUCCUAGUGCACAAGCUUCAAAGUCUAAUUCCAAGAAUGGAGAGGCAAUUUCUUCUCUCUGUAAGCCACCUAAAAUAGUAGGCAGACCUAGUGCCAUCUUAGCAACAAUAGCAGCAACCAAGAGAGCUUCAUUGGGAUUGGGUGCCAACCGUGUCAAAAUGGAAAAGGAUAAUACAAAAAACUUAACUGCUCAUUCAGAAAAAUCAAAAAGUUUGCCUGUGCCAGCUAAAGGAGCAAAAGUCCCUGCUGUUGGUGGUUCACGAAACACUGUGCCCAAGCCCAUGCUACCUGUCAAGUCCUCUUUGCGUUCUUCUGUGGCAACUAAGAAACAGCUGACAACUUCUUCCUCUAUUGACAGUUUGGAAAGCCUGUCAUCCGACAGUAGCAGUAACCAUUCCUUGAAUAUUGCGAAAAGAAAAAUUGAUUCCAGAACUUGUUCCACUGGCUCAACUGUCAAAAACACUUUGAGAACUGCAUCAAGAAAUAAGAAUCAGCCAACAAGCCUGCUUACCUCACCUUAUUUGAAGUCUCUGCCUAAGCCAUCUUCUAGCAUAUCACCUGCAAGCUCUGUUAGUGAAUGGUCUUCAGAAUUAUCGUCACCAACAUCUACCAUUAAUAAAAGGUCAAACAGUUCAAGACCUAGCCUUGACAAUGAUCAUGCCUCCCAAGUCUUGGCCUCUAAAAACAAGUGCUCAGUUGGACAUGGUACACAAGUCUCUGGAUUGCCAAGUGAGUGUGUAAAACAAGUCUCAAGAGGAAGUGGUGGACUUGUUCAUCCAGAUUCUGUUAAACCUUCAGGGCUUCGGAUGCCAUCGCCAAAGAUUGGUUAUUUUGAUGGGGCAAGGUCAACAGUGCGUACUCCUAAUGGAAGUAGCCAACCUCACCCAACUGUACCCAGUGACUUGCCUAGAUUUGGUGCAGCAAAUGUCAGCCCCAGUGGAGGGUCAAAAAACGUAAAACCUGGAAAGCUUCAACCAGCUAGAAAUGUAGUGGUUCAGGGCACCAAAAUUGCGGUUCAGAAACCAGCCUUGGAAUGCCAACCUAAAUCUCCUUUGCCUCUUCAGGAAUCCUCAAAUACUGCACCAAAUGCUUUUAGUGCUACAAGAAAUGAAAAAAACCGUCCUUGCAUUUCUCUGAAGGUUCAGAAUAGAAAGUCUCCUAAGGCUGAAAAAGUUGCAACUAAAGAAAGUAAUACAGCAAUUAACAAUCCGGAAUUUGGUUAUGUUGAGACGAAUAACAGCCUAUGUAAGGAUAAGAUGAGUCCACAGGGCAAGGGUGAUGCCUUUGUGAAAGAUGCAGAGCUUGUUCUCAGUAAUAGAGGAUCUGGUACUACACAUAAUUCAAGUUCUGUAUCCGAGGUUGAAAAUAUAACGAUUUCGCAGAAAGCAGGUGAGGGUGCAAUAUGUGGUGAAAAGAAUGAUUUGAGUUCCUUUUCUAAUGUCAAGGAGAAGGAAAAAGCUUGUGUUCAGGAUCAAGUUGAUGGUUUGAUCCAACACGUUGGAGCAUUGGAUAUUUGUCAGGAGAUCCAGCAAAAACCCAUUGGUGAUUUUCUUUCUAUUGAUGACGUGAAUGAAAGCACAGAAGUUAAUACUAAUGCCCUACAGGCAUUUGUGAAGUUAUCAAUUCCUGCCCCCUCUCUCACUCCAAUUGAUGGGGUAAAAGUAGCCGAGAUUGAUAAGAGCUAAGAAAUAGCUUAAACCAAAUAAGCAGUGAGUUUCUUGAAGGAAUAAAGUUUAUCUAGAUCAGUUACCAGGCACAGUUGGACUUCAUUCUUCUCUUGCAUUUUACUACACUAUUCGUUUCAAUGUUAGGUCACCCCUAAUUAUCUAAUUAAAUACUUUUUGCACAAGUUUCCUAAGUUCUGCUGAAACUGCCUUGUCGGCUAAUGCUGUGCAGGUACUUUUGUCCUUGGAGCGAGAAUCUGAUGAGAAUUAUUUUUUUACUUUAAGACUCGAAAGGAAAAUGUCUCCAAACUCUGAGAUCCGAAAGUGUAGCUUUAGGAAGUUCUCUGUCCUUGAUGCAGAUUGUGUUAGAAAUAAGUCAUUAAACAGAGCUGCACGUAUUAGGUGUUGAUGUACAUUUUAUGAUCAUGUAUAAUCUUUUAAGUCAGUUAAUAUUUUCUUUUCA